AUGAAGGACGUGGAGGCAGCAGCUCUUCGACAGCUGGGCCGUGUAUCCCUCGCAGCCUAUUUGGAUCUGGAAAACGGCCUACUAGGAGUGGAAUUCGUGCCGAACUCACUGCAAGAGGAGCAAAUCACUUCGCCUGCUGCAGGGCUCGGCCCGUUGCCUCCAAAGAGGGGUGACGAAGGGCUUCACGAGCUGCCCUUGCAGCUGCCCCCCGAACCUUGCACUGAGGCGUCCUUUGCGUCACUCAGCCCACAAUAUGCUGCCCUAGAGAGACCAAAACUGUCAGAUAAGGGUGACCCAGAGGUGGUAGUGGUUGCAUGCAGCCCGGGUUACUUGCCAACUCGAGGCCACAUGGCAGACUCGGACCGCGCCAUCUGCGACAACGGGAAGUGGGUUCUUGAGGAUGGCCUGGACUGCCGUCGUACCUGCGCGGGUCGCCCUGACGCUUCUCUGUAUCCAAAGGGAGCGUAUAUCGUCUCCGGGCCAGACUGGAGCCUCAAUAGCCGAGCGGCGCCUCGCUCGUUACAGGCAUCAGCAGGGCACAGCCCCCCAAUGGGGUCAGGAAGGCUCGUGGCUGAAGUGUAUUGA